AUGACAAAUAAUCUCUAUACAAAAGUAAUUUUUUGUGGCAAAGGCUCAAACCAAACCUUGACACACAUAAUCAAUCAGUCUUCACUGAUUGACACAUAUUGCUCAGUUCACACAAAUAUCGAGAAGAAUUUCACUGUCACACCUAAUAGCACUCGGCACGCUCCAACUAACAUGGCCAAUACACUCCAGGAACUAUGCAAGAAAAUCAGAUCCUACCAUUGCCAUUCCCUGGUCCCAGGCUCACAUGUUGAGGCCGAAGUACCAGAUAUUCUUAACGAUGGGCUAGCAGAGUACUAUCAGGUGAAUUCCGAGGAGGUCGAUCUAGAAAAAGGGGAUACAGAGUUAGGGGCCUUAGAGAUGGAUGAUCUUGAGGCAAUGUGA